AUGACAAAAAAAGUAGUAAUUGUAUAUAUAAAAAAAAAAAUAAUAAUAUAUAUUAAAAAAAAAAAAAAAAAAAAACAAAAAAGAAAAAAAAAAAAAAAAAAAAAUUUUAUUUAUGAUAUUUUUUUUUUUUUUUUUCUUCCAAAACAAAAUAAAUUAAACCAUAAAAGAGGGUUUUUUUUUUAUUUUUUUUUUAGUUAA